UAUAUUCUUCUUCGCCUUAUCCUCUCGUCUCCAUCUUUUUCUUGGUUGGCGAGGCUCUAAAUUCCAGCGAUCCUUCAUCGUUGUAGAUGAUGGAUGCUUUCUUGUUCCUUUUUCGCAAAGAAUCUGCGAAUUUUGAUCGACGCUAAUAGCAAUCGUUCAAAAAGAAAAUUGGGUGCAGAUUUGCUGGAAAUAAUUUGUAGCUGCGGUUUGAUAUCCGGGAACUGAAAACGAAAAAAAUUGAAAAGUUUGAAUAUUCUCUCUCGUAUUUGACACUCCACUACAAAUGUGGCAUACAAAAUCUCACCACAAGCGUGGGCAACAAGUUACUUUUCCUUCUGGGAAUUCCGAGGAAUAUAGGCAAAGAGCAAACUUUAUACCUGACAAUUUCAGCUCACUUGACCAGGUUAUUUCUGCAUUGAGAGAAGCUGGACUUGAGUCCUCAAAUUUAAUUCUAGGUAUUGACUUCACAAAAAGCAAUGAAUGGACAGGUAAGUAUUCUUUUAGUAGAAGAUCUCUUCAUGCUAUUGGUAAUACACCUAAUCCCUAUGAGCGAGCCAUUUCGAUAAUUGGACAUACAUUGUCUCCUUUUGAUGAGGACAAUUUGAUACCAUGUUUUGGUUUUGGUGAUGCUUCGACGCAUGACCACUCCGUCUUCAGCUUUUACCCUGAUCACCAUCCUUGUCGUGGUUUUGAGGACGCUCUUGCACGAUAUAGAGAGAUUGUUCCUUACCUAAACUUGUCAGGCCCAACCUCGUUUGCUCCAGUUAUCCACGCAGCUAUUCAGGUUGUUGAAAAAAGUAACUGGCAGUACCAUGUGCUUGUCAUUAUUGCUGAUGGGCAGGUUACCAGGAAUUCAAAUGUACCACAUGGCAAAUUAAGUCCACAAGAACAUGCAACCAUAGAAGCAAUAGUUGAUGCCAGCUAUUAUCCCCUUUCAAUCAUAAUGGUUGGUGUGGGUGAUGGACCAUGGGAUGCAAUGCAACAGUUUGAUGAUUGCAUUCCUCAGCGAGCAUUUGAUAAUUUUCAGUUUGUGAACUUUACAAAUAUCAUGUCCUCAAACAUAGAAGUAUCAAAGAAGGAAGCAGCAUUUGCACUUGCAGCACUGAUGGAAAUUCCCUUUCAAUAUAAAGCCACACAACGUCUCCGGCCCAUGGAAAAGCAAAGGAACAAGGUAGAUGCCCCUAAGAUUCUUCCUCCUCCAAAUGCAGUAAUUGAACAUGAUAAUGCAAAAAAUUCUUAUCCUCGGCCAGAAACCUCCCAGACUACCGGUGGCAAUGCUCCAGUAGAGCAGGCCUGCCCAAUUUGCUUGACAAAUCCAAAGGAUAUGGCAUUCGGAUGUGGUCAUUUGACUUGCAAGGACUGUGGUGCAACAUUAUCCACAUGCCCCUUAUGCCGGGCACCCGUAACUACUCGCUUGAGGCUCUUCACUUAAGAUGAUCCGUCUCCAAUGACAAGGGCCAUUUGUCUACUCUGUUGCUGUUAACGGGAUCUCAAGUUAAACCUUUUAAUUUCAUGGGCAGUUGUUUGGCCGUGCAUUAUUAAUCAGGAUGCUGCUUUAAUUGAUAUGCAUGAUAGCAUCAAGCUUGCUUUCUAUCAAAAAGGCAAAAGGAAAGAAGACAUAAUUCCUAAAUCAAAUAAGGCAUGCGUCAUAUUGUAAAUUAUUUAAAGUGCAAUAAUUGGUUCCAGAUUAAUUGAUUAUGACAGCGCCAAUGUGUUGUUUCCAGCUGUUCUGCAUAAAUCUCCAGGUAAAAACUUAUGUUGAUUUAAGUGUGCCGUAAAUCCUUGGGAUGUAUCGUUGCAUGAGCUGCUUUGGUUAACAAACUUUUAACAGUUUAUGGACUGAUCUGAAGAGAGGUUCGUGGCAUUAAGAUAGGUUCCUGAGAUAUCGGCCCCUCCUGUAUUUGCAAGAAUCGGACAACUUCUAUAGCUGGUAAAUCAAUUUGCCAAA